AGGAUGGCCAGGAGACUUCUUCGAAGGCAAAGAAAAAGAAGAAGUCAAAGAAGAGCAAGAAGAAGGGGACCGGCGAAUCCUCGGAGCAGGAGGCGGCGCCAGAUGCGGAGCAAGGAACCUCAGAAGUUCCGACUGCUGCUACUUCUCCUGAAAAGGCAGCAGCGCGCGACGCCGCAGGGGGAUCAAGCAAAUCGCCCCCGAGAGCUCCGCAGGAGAAGGGAGUCGUGCCGAAGAACCUUCAGGGGUUUUGUCCGGAUAAAGUCGACUUCAUCUACAAGCGUGAUACUCCCCUUGUUUGUAGCAACAAGGAGUGCGCUCGCUUUGUCCGCCAGGUUCGAGGGAGUUCCGAUCAUCUCCCGCUCGUAAAGGACCUUGUCUUCCAAGACGACUACUGCGUCGCCGCCGGCUCUUCGGUCAGGAGCCAAGGGGAUUGGAACGUAAUCGUCGGUAAGUACGACAAGGAUUUGAAGAGGACCUAUGGCGUGAUCGAUAGGCAGAGACGCAACAGCAAGGAAGCGACUCGCGCCUUAGAGGACAUGUUGCGCAAGAAAAACAAGGCGGUUAUUCGGGAGGAGGCUAUCAGGGACGAGCUCUUCCAGAAGGAGGCAGCCAUGAACAAGGAGCUGAAGCGAGCCCGGGAGUUGGUCAAGACACUCGAGAAGGAGAAAACCAAGUUGGCGAACGAGAAGGAGACCCUCGAGAAGGAGAAGGCUGCCGCUGCCUUAGAGCAUUCCAAAGAGAUGGACCGUCUCCGAGAAUCGCGUCGCUAUGAGGUUACUCACGAGCGGAUCCGAGUGAUGGCUGCGAUGCAUGGAAUGGCGGCUGCUCGUUUCCAGAGGAUUCGAGACUGGGAGACUCGCCGUGACAACUUCGAGGAUGCGAGGUGCAUGCUCGGUCAAGCGCGCGGAAUGCGGCGCUGUCUCGAGGGAAUGAAGUCGACGGGGAAGGACAUCCUUCAAGAAUCCAUCAAUACCUACGCCGUCCAGGAGAAGCACUAUGAUGGCGAGGUGAAACGCCUAGACAUCGGGGUCCUCCCAGAAGAGGAUCUUGCUCUCUCUCCCCUCGUGUUGGAAUCGAGGUUCGCUAUCCAGGAGAUUCUGGACAAAGUCAACAAGUUCGGAUCGAAUAUGGACUUGAUCGAUUCCGAGGCUGCUAAAGCCCUCCGAACUCCGGUCCGUGAGCCGGGAGAUCAAUCCGACGAGCCAUCGAAGGAUUUGCUCGAUACCGUCCAAUCGCCAGCUCGCCCUGAUGCAGUCGUUGAAGGGACAAGCGAGCCAUCUCUUGAGAUGCCUAUCUCAAGUAUGCCGACUAAGGUGGUUGAUGUCACCGAUUCGCCGUCACUCGAGCUGACGGACUCUGGCGCGAGUGGAGAGCGUUCUGAGAAGGAUCCCCCUGUCUCGGGAUGA